UAAAGUUCGUGUGGGCGAAAAGGAAAGUAUGGCUUUAGCCCUACCCUUAUCAAAGUUACUGGUCCUAGGGCUCAAGGAAGGAGCUACUUUUGAUCGUCUAGGGUAUCUGAGAAGAAGUGGUUGCCGCUGCUAUAAAUCUCUCGGCCGCAGCUCUUCCCAUCUAUCCACACAGGCAUUUUCUUCGCACGUAGCUCAGCAUCCUGCUAGAUUUUGCGCCAUGGCUGUGGCUACCACUGAGGCUGUGGAGGUUUUGGUGAAAGCCGCGAAUGGCGAUCCAUCCCGGCUUGGCGAUUGUCCAUUUUCUCAGCGAGUGCUACUCACUCUGGAGGAGAAAGGGAUUCCUUAUAACUCCAAAUUCGUGGAUAUGGAGAACAAGCCCGCAUGGUUUUUGGAAGCAAAUCCAGAAGGUAAAGUUCCAGUGGUCAAGGACGAUGGAAAAUGGGUCGCGGAUUCGGACGUUAUCACGCAGCUCAUCGAGACAAAGUUCCCGUCACCUUCUCUGGUUACACCACCUGAAAAGUCAAGCGUUGGCUCGAAGAUCUUCUCGUCCUUCGUGAAAUUCCUCAAGAGCAAGGAUCCGAGCGAUGGCUCCGAGGCUGCUCUCCUGGAAGAGCUAAAGACGCUGGAUGAGUAUCUCGCCAAGAAUGGACCAUUCGUGAAUGGAUCAAACAUCUCCGCUGUGGAUCUCAGCCUCGCCCCCAAGCUCUACCACCUUAAAAUCGCGCUGGGCCAUUACAAGCAGUGGUCAGUGCCACAAAAUCUCACGAAUCUCAACUCUUACAUGGAGGCUCUCUUCAAGCGAGAAAGCUUCCAGAAAACGAUGGCUCCUGCGGAGGUAGUCGUCAAAGGAUGGGCCAAGCAUUUAAGCGCGUGAGCAAACUGGAAAAACCAAGAAGAAUCCCCGGAGAUUCAAGAGAAUCGAAUCGGUUCCCUCUGUGAAGCGCAAACUCUAUGGCGCCUGGCAAGGGGGCUCUUUAAAGCUUCCCUGUGGUUAAAUACACACACAGUGACACACAUUGUUCUGACGCU